AUGAGCAGCACCAGAGCGGGCCGGCUGCCGCCCGCGUCCAGCCGAAGCAUCGUGGAGAGUUAUGUUACCCGCAUGGCUUCGCAGCUCCCCGAGGACUUCGCGUUCGCGACCCUGGUGCCGUGGGGCUCGCCGCACAAGCCAGGCAGGCUUGUUGCGCCGGACGCCGCCCAUGAGGGUCACUGGGACGCCAUGGAGAUCGCGUCGCUGGUGUCUGGGUGCACCCACUUGCUGGUGCCGUGCACAUUCGAAACGCAGUACGAGAAGCGCAUGCUAAAGAACCUGUUGAGGCAGAUCGAGCCGCACAACAACUUUCGUGUGGCCCUUCUGCAGCUGCUCGAGAUCCCUGGCAACAUGAACCGGGAGUACGUGGAGAUGCUCAUGGCACGCCACGACGUGCUCCUCCCCUUGGGCGCCGACAUGGUGAUACUCGACCCCAGCGACGAUCCAGAUGGUCUGUGCGCGGAGCUCAACCUACAGUGGGCAUGGCUUGAAGCAACUGCCCGGCGUGCACAGUGCAUGGUCGAAGGUGCUGAUGAGAAGGCAGAGGCUAUGCUGAAGUAUCACCACGAGCUGCUUUGGGAGAGCAUUCCGAAAGUUAUGACGCGCGGGUUCCCCCCGGUCGAUCAUAGUCUUGUGGAGACGGCUACCCGUGUGGGAGAUCUCCAGCUGGUGCGCAAUUUGAACCCAAGGAACAGCAACGUGUUCUUGGCGCGUCGCAGUGCGACCGAGAAAGUCGCCCUCAAAGUCUAUGACAAGUCAAACUAUGUAACUGCCGGGGACGUGGAGAACAUUUAUCGCGAGCUGAGUUUCCUGAGGGACGUUCUCCGACACCCGCACAUCGUCCAGUGCACUUCCGUGCUCCAUAGCUUCUCGCGGGUCUACUUGGCCCUCGAAGUCGGGGGCACGAAGAAUCUGAGCCAGCACCUCAUGAACCAGCCAGGGUACCGCGCCGACUCGCAGGAAUCUGUGGACUGCACCGCGCAGAUAGCAGAUAGCAGAAGCGCUGGCCUUCUGCCAUUCGCGUGA